AUGAGAAACCUUGUGGUCCUGAACAAAGGAGAGAUCGUGGUUGAAUCACGAACCUAUCCUGAGUUGAGAGUGCUGGAUUCAGUAUUUGACUCCAUUUCAGACACAAUUACCGUGGCACUUGGUAAGAAUGAAUCUGGAAUAAUUGAAGUUCACCAGUUCAUGAAGGAUGGCCAAGUUUUGGUGUUAGCUUCCUUCUCUAUUGACCCAAACGACAAACUUUUAAGCUUUGAGCAUUUUGGUGACAGCUCUCAAUUGGUUUUUGUUUUUGAACUGGGGGAUAUCGUUACAGCAACAUAUGAUAUUACUCGUCCUGAUUCAGAUACUACCCUGGUUGAAAUUGUGGGAAGUAUAGAUUGUGGAAUCGCUACUAGUUGUUGGUCACCAGAUCAAGAGACACUUGCUCUGUUAACAAAGGAGCAAAAUCUUAUUCUUUUAUCUCGUUUAUUUGAACCUAUUGCGGAGAGAUUCCUUGAUCCAAAUGACGUUAAACAGAAUACUCAAGUCUCCGUAGGAUGGGGUAAGAAAGAAACACAAUUCAAAGGUAAAGGUGCAAGAGCGCUGGAGAGAGAGAAGGAGUCUUUGAAGCAUGCGGGCUUGGAGAAUACUGAUGAGCUGAGAGACCCAACUUUAGGAACUUACCAAAGUGGAGGCUUGAGUCCCUUCGACUCGCAGUCUAUUAAGAUCUCGUGGAGAGGUGACUGUGAAUAUUUUUCAAUAACUUCAAUUGUCGAGGUGGAGAAUAAUAAUAGAAGAGUUAUCCGAGUGUACUCCAGAAAUGGGCAGUUAGAUAGCUGCUCCGAACCCAUAGAUGGCCUCGAGGGAAAUCUUUCUUGGAAACCCCAAGGUUCUUUGAUCGCAUCAACGCAGAGAAGACAUGAUGAAGAUAUUCUGGAAACUGUUCUUGACUUGGUGUUUUUCGAAAGGAAUGGGUUAAGACACGGAGAGUUUGGAAGCAGACUUCCACCCAAUUCUAAAAUUAUUGACCUCGCUUGGUCUUGUAACAGUGAAAUUUUAGCCUUCCAAUUGGAAAAUAGUAUUCAGUUAUGGACUUCCAAAAACUAUCACUGGUAUUUGAAGCAGGAGUUGUUUUUAAGUUCGAGUGCUACGAUUGAGGUAUUUCAAUUUCAUCCAGAAAAGCCAUUAAGGCUCAUGAUUGCAUCCUCGCACUCACUGGAAAUUGUUGAUCUAGCCUUCAAUACUAAGAAUGGCCCCAAUAUAUCCGGUUUUGAUGUUGGGAUGAGCUUGGUAGUAGAUGGUACCACCUGCAUGAUUACGCCUCUUUCAAUUGCUAAUGUUCCACCGCCUGUAGCAUUUCGGGAUUUUGAUGUAUUAGAACCGAUUUUGGAUCUUGCAGUCUCAAAAUCAAACACGAGGUUUGCAACAUUAACUGCGAACUAUACGUUUAUCCACGAGGCUGCGGAUCUUAGAGCAGCACCAAAAGAGAUGAGUCUUAUAAACAAAACAACUUAUUGCAGUUUUGAUGAACAAGCUAGACAAAUCGCAGUUAUUGGAACUGAUCACGUAGCUAUAUUAGUGGACAGCUUGGAUGGAUUGUCCAGAAUCGUUAUUUUCAGCAUUGAGGAUAUCUCGAGCCCCGAGAUUGUUGGCAUAACGGAAACAAUGAAUAAAGUUGUUCUAUUAAAGCCCCGAUCUGAUUUUAGCGUACUAACGUAUGAAACUAUUGAUGGAACAGUUUAUGAGGUAGAAAUGUCGAACUUGGCCGAAACAAAGCCCAUUGUUACUUUCCCGCAAUUAUGUUUCGACUACGAGGUUUCAAUUAGAAACCCUGAGCUGUGGGCGGAUGAAGUUUCAAGUGUUUGUUUUGGUAUUUCUUCCAAUGGUAAACUUUAUGGUAAUGACGUAUUGAUUUCUCCGGCAGUGACGUCAAUAAAGAUUACAGAAUCGUUGCUUGUGUUUACGACUGCCCAGCAUCAGCUGAAAUUUGUGCACUUGAUGAAUAAAUUUGAGACUGCUAACGAUAUUGAAGAUGACGACGAACGAACUCGAAUGAUAGAAAGAGGUUCAUUACUUGUCUCUGUGAUUCCCUCUAGAGCUUCUGUGGUCCUUCAGGCACCAAGAGGAAAUUUGGAAACCAUAUAUCCAAGAAUUAUGGUUUUAACUGGUGUUAGAAAAGAUAUCAAAGCUCUCCGAUAUAAGGAAGCCUUUUCAACGUGUCGAACUCAUAGAAUAGAUUUGGACAUCCUGCAUGAUUAUGAUCCUCAACUAUUUUUCGACAACUUGGAGCUUUUUGUUAAUGAACUGAGUAGCGUUGAGUAUCUGGAUCUAUUUUUAUCUUGCCUCCACGAAGAAGAUGUCUCUGAAACGAAGUAUAAAGAAACUUUGAAUUUGACCUCCAAAGUUGAAAACUUAACACUCGAGCAUUCGCAGCCUCCAGUUGGAAGCAAGGUAAACAGAAUUUGCGAAGGUAUUUUAACUGUUCUUCUAAGACCUGAGUAUAGCAAGAAAUAUUGGCAGAGUAUUCUAACUGCUUAUGCUUGCCAAAACCCACCUAAUUUAGAGGAUGCAUUGAGAUUGAUUGGAUCUUUUACUGAAGAGUCAGAGAUCGAAAAAUCUGUACAGCAUCUGUGUUUUCUCCAAGAUGUAAACAAGAUAUACAACAUUGCUUUAUCUUUGUAUGACAUACCUUUAACUUUGAUGGUUGCUCAACAAUCUCAAAAGGAUCCCAAAGAAUACUUACCAUUUUUGCAAAAUCUGCAUGUCCAACCACAAUUAAGAAAAGAGUUUUUAAUUAACGAUCAUUUGAAGAAUUACGAAAAGGCCCUGCGCUCACUCUCUAAAAUUUCUGCUGAGGAGCAACAGGAUAUUGAGGAGGAGAUCAUUGAUUACAUUGUCAGUAAGAAGUUGUUCCAAUAUGCAUUAAAUCUUUACCACUAUGAUAAUGAAAAGAGCAGGAAAGUGUUGGAAAAAUACGCCGAUUAUCUUCAUGGAACCCAGGAGUUUGUCGAUGCUGCUAUCACAUAUGAGAUGUUGGGAGACAAAGAUUCCGCUUUGGAAGAUUAUAUUCUGGCCAAAAGAUGGCAGGAAGCCUUGAGUAUCGCUACUACACAUGUGGAAGCCCAACCCCAGCUUAAAGAUAUUUGUGAAAGGCUGAUUGCUGGACUGAAUGAUAUGCAUGAUUAUUCCAGCUCAGCAGAAAUUGAGCUAAAGUACUUGAAUAACGUGGAGGAAAGUCUAAGGCUAUUUGGCAAAGAUUAUCAGUUUGAUCGAGCCAUCUUGACCUGUGUAGAUUUGAAAAGACCUGAAUUGAUAGAAAGUAUAAUCGAUCCUAGCAUCAGAGAAGGAUUUGGAAUAGUUGCAGAAUUGCUGGCCGAUUGCAAAGGUCAAGUUAACUCCCAACUGAAUAGAUUAAGAGAACUGAGAGCCAAAAAACAGGAAGAUCCCUAUGCUUUUUACGGUGAUACCAUGGAGCAAGACACUCCUGAUAAUGUGUCCAUUGCAGCAUCAGAAACAUCGACUAAGGAAUCAUUUUUCACUAGGUACACAGGAAAGACUGCAGGAACAGCCAAAACUGGAGCCUCAAGGAAAACAGCCAAAAACAGGAGGCGAGAGGAGCGAAAGAAGGCCAGAGGUAAGAAAGGUACUAUUUAUGAAGAAGAGUAUUUGGUCAAAUCUGUUGGCAGACUUAUUGAACGACUGGAGAAUACCGAAGCUGAAGCAGUACGGCUUAUUGAGGCUCUAAUUAGAAGAAACAUGAGAGAGCAGGCUUACCAAAUACAGAAGCAGUUUGUGGAAGUGUUAAACUUGCUAAAGGCUAACAUUCAAGAAAUUUACGACAUCAAAGAAAAGGACAGAGAAAGGGUGGAUGAUAACGGUAUGGUUUACUAUGUGCCCGAGAUUCCGGUUCCAACUAUCCGAGACUUUCCCGAAAAGCUUGUAUUGAAAUUCUAG